GCGUAAAUCGAUACAAACACCGAGAGGACAGGGAUGUGUACGUGAAGACAUCCAAACAAGCAAUGUCUUUUUCAGUGCUCAGUGUCUCCAGUUUUUUCUGAGUGUGACAGCCUGGUGAGUGAUCAGAAGAUGGACAGCGCCACCAUGUCAGCCUCAGAUAGGACAGCAGAAUGCUCUAUGGUGUCUGAAGAAAUGGAGGGGAUCUGUGUAAUGCCAGACUUGAGUGCCAUCAAGACUGAGGUUGCUACCCCGGAUGAUGCUGGCACCCAAAAUGUGGCCAUGGGCAUCAAGUUCAUCCUGCCCAACCGCUUUGACAUGAAUGUUUGCUCAAGAUUUGUCAAGUCGCUCAAUGAGGAAGACAGCAAAAACAUCCAGGACCAGGUGAACUCUGAUCUGGAGGUAGCAUCUGUUUUAUUCAAAGCUGAGUGCAAUAUCCAGACCUCACCCUCCCCAGGAAUACAAGUACGGCAUGUUUACACACCAUCCACCACCAAACAUUUCUCCCCCAUCAAACAGUCAACAACACUCACAAAUAAACACCGUGGCAACGAGGUGUCUUCCACUCCUCUUCUGGUGCAUUCUUUGUCUGUUCAUCAGCUGGCAGCUCAAGGAGAAAUGGUGUUUCUAGCCAGCAGGAUCGAACAAGAGUCUGUGAUCAACCUCCAAGAUGAGGAAGGCUUUACCCCCCUGAUGUGGGCAGCUGCACACGGACAAAUCGCUGUCGUCGAGUUUCUGCUCCAAAAUGGUGCUGACCCCAAUCUCCUGGCCAAAGGGAGGGAAAGUGCAUUGUCCUUGGCCUGCAGUAAGGGAUACACUGAUAUUGUGAAGAUGCUAAUCGACUGUGGUGUUGAUGUCAAUGAAUAUGACUGGAAUGGAGGAGCCCCUCUGCUGUAUGCUGUCCAUGGGAAUCAUGUGCGCUGUGUUGAAAUCUUGUUAGAGAGUGGGGCCGAUCCUACCAUAGAGUCAGAUUCUGGAUUCAAUGCAAUGGACAUGGCCGUGGCUAUGGGGCACAGGAAUGUUCAACAGGUGAUGGAGGCUCACUUACUGAAGUUACUGAUGGGAAUCAGAGAGUGAACUGUGACAUGAGGGACGUCACUGCUGGUUCCUGGACAAUCAGCCAGCAGGAAGCGAUGAUCUGAGACCGAAUUGAACUGCACCAUGUGUCUAUUAUUUAUGUUGGGCGUGAUGCACAUAAACAUUUGUGCUGUGGACAUUUUUUUUAUUUGACCCAUCCAAAGCAUUUCACACUGAAUGUGGCGUUGCUAAUUUUAUCAGAGCACACACUGAAGAAUUAAAAAAAAAAAAGACAGGAAAAACUUCUUGUCCACAACAACUCAGCAUUCACUGCACUCCACCUGCAAAGUGCUACCAAAUGACCAGUGCUGUGCGGAUGUUUAAUUUUUCUUCAGCUAAGCAUGGUGGUUCUGUUUUGACUACUUUUUUUAAAUAAUGGAUAUUGAAUUAAUUUAUUAACAGUAAUAAUAAACCGUUAUAGUGACAGGAUUUUAUUGUAACACGUCGAUUUGCUUCAUGUUCACACUGUGUAGUUUUUACUGAAAAAAAGGUUACAGCUACAGUUUCAACAGACUGUACUUUUAUGAUGCUCCCUCCAGAGCUGUCUGGUAAAUGUCCUAAUGUCAUUUGUACCUGCUUUAUUUAUUUGAAUAAUUGAGACAUUUGUGGUGUGAUAUGAGAAAAUGUUCAUGUUGACGUAACUGUUUUUGUUUUCUAUGUAUAGUGAUGCUCAUGUCUCGACGUGUUCAUUUUAUAACCUCUCACACCUCAAUUAAAUGUUCCACAAAGUUCUUGUGGCUCCGUCAUAUGCCACUAUAUGACGAUGCUUGUGUUUAAUUGCAGUCAUAAGUGGUUUAUUAAGGAAUAACCUCAGUGUCAAUCGUUCUGUAACAGAUAUUUAUCUGAUUUCCUGUGAAAGUUUGGAUCACUAAAAUGAAGCCGUUAUUUAAUUAAAAGACCUUUUUAAAGCA